AAUACAAUCAGCUGUUUGUAAUGACAGUUCCUCUGACAAAAUACAAAAUGGUUGAAAACUAAAGUUGGCAAACAAAGAAAAGCAUCGUAAUUUCGCUUUUAAACGUAAAUAUUUAGUUUUGUGAGGUGAAAGUUAGUUAAUUUAGUGAUAAAGUAGUGUUUUACGCAUAAUGUUGGAUCUAGAAAUCAUUCCCGAACGUUCUCUGGGCAGCGAUGCCUGGGAAUUCGUUUUAGGGAUGCAUUUCUCACAAGCCGUCGCUAUAAUACAGAGUCAAGUCGGAACAAUAAGGGGAGUGCAAGUACUUUAUAGUGAUCAAAGCCCUCUAUCGGUGGACCUCGUUAUCAACAUGCCCCAGGACGGUGUCCGGUUAAUAUUCGAUCCUGUUGCGCAGAGGCUGAAAAUUAUUGAGAUAUACAAUAUGAAAUUAGUUAAGCUUAGAUAUAGUGGCAUGUGUUUCAACUCGCCAGAGAUAACGCCAUCUAUCGAGCAAGUGGAGCACUGCUUCGGCGCGACACACCCCGGGCUGUACGACAGUCAGCGACAUCUGUUCGCGCUCAACUUUAGAGGACUAACCUUUUAUUUCCCCGUCGAUAGCAAAUUUGAGCCUGGCUACGCGCACGGGCUAGGCUCGUUACAGUUUCCCAAUGGAGGAUCGCCAGUCGUCUCUCGGACUACGAUAUAUUAUGGAUCACAACACCAAUUGAGUCGUUCAGGCAGCGGUGGCAGGUGUCAAGCGCCUCUGGCAGAGCUGCCCCAGUCCUGCUACAGACACCAGCUGCACCUUCGCAGGUGUGACGUCAUCAGGAGCGCCACCGCCACCAUGGGUCUGCGGCUACACAUAUACACAGAGAACAGUCGCGCCGGCGAGGCGGCCACGUCGCGGCGGCGCGUGGUGUUGUUCGGCGACACGGUGCAGGGCGUGGCGCGGUCGCUGGCGGCGCCGGCGCGGCUGUACUACAAGGCGGACGACAAGAUGCGCAUCCACCGACCCACGGCGCGGCGUCGCCCGCCUCCCGCCUCGGACUAUUUCUUCAACUACUUCACGCUCGGAUUGGACGUGCUGUUUGAUGCCCGGACGCACCGAGUAAAGAAAUUCGUUCUCCAUACGAACUACCCGGGACAUUACAACUUCAACAUGUACCACCGCUGCGAGUUCGAGCUCAACGUACAGCCAGACAAAUGCGAGUCGAGCGUGGUGGAGUCGCGAGGCCCCGUCAGCAUCACGGCCUACAGCAAGUGGGAGAGUGUGUCGCGCGCGCUGCGGGUGUGUGAGCGACCCGUCGUGCUGAACAGAGCCUCUUCCACUAACACCACCAACCCCUUCGGUUCCACCUUCUGCUACGGCUACCAGGACAUCAUCUUCGAGGUGAUGUCAAACAAUUACAUAGCGUCGAUUACUCUGUACCAGACAGAGGCGACCCGACCGCACUACACUGUGAACUCGAUCGCGUGACACCAGCAGGUCUCGCGCAUUGGAAAAAAAUAUAAAAGCUGAAUGCCAGUUAGUCUCUCAAGCUAGCGACACAAUGUUGUGUUGCCACAUUUACCAAUAUUUCCUGGUAAAUCUAAACAUAUCCCAACCAACCUAAGAGGAAACAGUAUUUACAAAAAAAAUGUGAUAAAACUGUGAAAAAAUAACAAAAAAAAAGUGAGUGACCGAUCUCAAGAUAGUGUGCAAGUUUUUAUUUAAAUCAUUAGCAAAUUUGACAUUAAGUAAGUUUAUUUUUUAAUUGUGUAAAUAAGGGGCGAUGUCAUGAGAAUCAACAUUACCAUAGAUUAUAAUAUUACAGUAGCUAUUCUGUGGUGGACAAAAAAUUAAAACAAUUGUAGACAGAUUAUUGCCAUAAUUUUUUUAGUUUCUUUUUAAUCUGAUGAGAUUUUGAUGAUCAAUUUUCUUAAAAUAUGCGUUAUACUUUUUAUUACAUUUAAAUAUUAUUUUAUAUUUAUGCAACAAUGCCUACUGAUAUUUUUAACUUUAGUUAAAUAUUACUUGAAUUUAGGGAAAUAAUUAUUUUUUAAAUAAGCACACUUUUGUAUUAUAUUUGUUAUUUUGUGUGUUUAUCUUUUGAAAUUAUUUAUGUUUGUAUUAUGUCAUUAAUCAACUUUUGCUUUAUACGCCGUUUUGUCUAUUCUCAUGGUGGAUAUACAUCUUUGUUUUUUUAUUAAUCUGUGGUAAACCGUUAUAAAAUACUUGUAAAUAGUAGAUGUUCAAUACAUAUUUUUUAUUGUAUGAAUCAAAUGAAAGACUUAAAUUAUUUACGGAUAAAAUUCUGUUUCCUUUACUAUUUGGAAUGCUUUUAUUAGACACGUGAGAAAUGGUCUUUACCGAUGCUAUGUUUGAUAUCGUAAUGACUCUCAAUAAAGUUACAUUUAAUUCGUGACUAGUAGUUGGUUUUAAUUGAAUGUGUAAAUAAGUAGUUGGUUAAGUUUGUUCGUGUGCUUGUUAUGUGUGGAAAAUGAACGCACCACAAUUACGUUAUUUAAAUGUAUCUAUGCUGGGAUGUGUGAUCCAAGCACAAGUUAUUAUUUCGAAUUAAUUAUUGUUAAGGAGAUUUUACCAAUUCCCCGUUUAGGUUGGAGUAACAUCUCCAUAUUGGCAAAUUAAAAAAAAUCAUGUAUAUUAUAUUCUCUGCGACACGAAACAUCCUCCCUUGGGGGUAGGUUGAAUAGAUCGCGGCAUGGUUACUAUUUAUUAUAAAUCCAUUAAAACUGAUUUUCCUUUAAAAUUCACGUUAACCCUUUGAUUUUAUUUGGGCUAAUGCAAUACAAUUGAAUCUUAAGUAUCAACAUAUUCUCUUAGAGUUUUAAAUGGUCCUUUCAAAAUGUAUUUCCACACCUACAUGACCUCUUGUUACAAUGUUAAUUGAAACAUAAUCGUUCCCAAAUUUCUAUUUAAUUUGAUACAAUAAUAAAGUACCGGUAUAGCCGCUCUACGUGCAAUGUGCUGUCAUGAUGACAGAUGUUACAUAUCUUUCUAAAUGACAUAUAAAUCCGAAGUGUUAUAAUAAGCGUGCUCUAUAUUAAAAUUAUAGAUACCAUCUCGUUAUUUUGAUAAUUACAUGCAACACCUUAUACAGAAAACUAAACUGACACGUAGGUAAAAUACCAUAGACCAAGUAUAGUAAAUAGACAUCCUUUGGCGUGGCCAACAUGAGACAGAUAAUAUCCUAUAUAUAUAGGUACAUAAUAUAACACAAGUGUUCUUUCACUAUCACUUUUGCAUCGUUAAACACAACAUCGCACCACAUUUCCUUCGAUUCUACUUAAAAUUGUCACUGAUGUUGAAUAAAUAGUGGAUAUUUCACACGUUUCACAACAAUAAUAGCUUAUUUUUAUAGACGUAAAUAAAAGUAAACAAAAUAUCUGUGUAGCGCUGUCAAGUUUGUUUAGAACUCCGGUUGUACUUGAAAAAACCGGCCCGCAUGGCGAAACCAAAAAUCUAAUCACUCUUUCUCAUUUCUUUACAUAAGACUCGCAAGUUUUUCUUUUUCUCGUGUGAGUGAGACGGAAGCUAUCAAUUAGUCCAGAUACUAUACUUGAUCUAUGUAAAAUACGUACCCUUGAAGGUACGACUUGCUAGCGAAACACACUACGCAGAUACGUAAAAUAUCUGUAUCUGAGCGUAUAUCUUUCAAUAUCGCUCUCUAUAUAAUUUGUAUGAACUAACAUGCACAGCGCAGAUAAUUUAUAUUUUAGUAUAAAGUAUCUGUGGGCACCGACGUAUACGGAAAGAUUGUGAGAUUAUUGUCUGCGUAUAUAAAUAUAUCUGCAGAUAACAUCUGCCAAUACAAAUUUAAACUGCAUGUAAAUACAGGAUGGAUGCGGUAAAACGCGAACUCAUUGUAACACUCUGUGUAUAAACAAUUCUUACCAAAAAACAAGUCUAUUCAGUCUGAAUGUAUCAUAUUUUAUAUUGUCGUAUCCGUUUAGUGUAUUGUUUUAUACCGUUAUCUAAGUAAUGUGUACUUCGUGCUAAAGCAAAAAGCGAUUGUAUGGAUUGUAUGAAACGUGCAGUGUUUGAUAGAUUGACAGAUGACGGCUAUAAUCUUGUGAAAAACGGAGAUAGCCGAAAUCAACUACGUUUUAAGCAACUGUUCGCUUUCAAACUUAGGCGCAUUAUACUUGGGGGCCAUAUUGUAAUUACUAUUUCAAACUUAUAUCAAAUCUCGCUGCACGUUUUAUACUAAACUAAAUUUCAACUUUUACUGAGGCAGUCCCGCCUAUUAUUACGUAGUAUUAACACCCUCUUUGGGUACGACUAGCAAGGAGUUUGUCCCUCUCUAAGAACCUAUUUUUUUUUUUUUAAAUUUAAUUCCAGCAGGCGAAAUUCUCGCUCAAAAUCAUAAAUCCCGUAUCAUUUUGUUAACUAAGAAAUUGUAGGAAAGAAUACAAUAAGAUUAAAACCGGGACCCAGUAACACCUUCAGCAAUAUUCUCGACGCAUUGACUAUCAAUAGUAACCUACCUUUUUACCUACAUUCGAUAAAGAAUUGUGGCCAGUAUAUUGUCAAAUCAAGUCUUUAAAUUGUUUGUUAAGGUGCGUUUGCGGAUUAGUAUAAUAUAUCGGAGCUCUCAAGUGCCGCUGCUGUUAUGAGCGAGACAGAAAGAGCAAACGAUACAGAUUGUAAGGGUUCAUUGACCGAAAUUAUUAUUACUUCGCGACCGCACUUUAAAUAAAUAUCAAUGAGCUUAAGAAAGUCAGUGCUAGCACGAUUUGGGUUGUGAUAAAUCAUUUUUUAAAGCAUUACUGACUUAUUGGAUGGCAGUAAUUGUAAGGUUGCUUGGAGUUAUUUGUGUGCGAUAAAGGAUUGCUCUAUUUAUGCACAAGUCAUGUAUGAUUUUAUAAGUUAAUUGGCUGUGGUGCCAUACAAAAAAAAAAUUAAAAAUGACAAAUAACAUAUUUAAAAAAAGUAUUUUGAUUAAGGUAGUGUAUGCCACCUCUUAUUAGUGUCGCACGGGCUCCAGGGCGACAUUUUCUCCCAAUGGUAGUAAUAAUAGGAGUUACGGUACACUUACCUUAUCAUUUCUGUUUCUCUUUUAUUAGGACCGAAUACGAUGGAUAAGGUUUUGUUUAGUGCUGUUAAUAAACAACGAAGUUGCUACCGUCGAAUACUCAUUUACCAAAAUAUACCUCAGAUUUAGUAAUGCUAGAGUGUUGCCAGAAGCCCGUGCGUACACUAAUGGGCUGUUAUUUUAUAGUGAUUAGCUUAUCAGCGUGGUUGACUAUCCACGUGAUUUAAUUAAGUUGAUUUAUGUAACAUUGUGUCAGCCGAAACUAUUGUUAGAUUGAAUCACGGCGUGAUUUCUACCAAAAUUAGUAGUAAUUGGUAAGUUUGAGCCACAAAAGCACCCUGUUACGAUAUACGUCAACGGAUAAUAUACAAAGUACAGCUUAAUAUCUAAAAGUAAAAUUUUAAUAUAACAUUGAAGGACAAUAAUUUCACUUGUUUCAAUGAGAAGUGGAGAACCAGUUCUAGGCUCCGUUGCACAGGAUGCCGGCUAGAUUAUAGGAACCACUACGGCAUCUAUUUCUGCCGUGGAGCAAUAAUGUGUAAGCAUUAUUGUGUUUCCGCCCGAAGGGCGCCGUAGCUAGUGAUGCACUGCAUUGUAAUGGGCAGAGCGUAUCAAUAACCAUCAGCUGAACGCCCGUAUAGUGCUGUUCAGGAUUCUUGAAAAACACCAAGAUUUCUGAGCAGCACUACAAUUGCGCUCGUCACCUUGAGACAUAAGACUCAUUUGCCCAGUAAUACAACUAGCUAUGACUAACACCCCUACCGCCACCACUCGCCAGGCAUCGUCUGGAGAGCCUUAAGGAGGUGCCUCUCUAGAGUCUGGAGCGGGCAGUAGAGUAUAUUCUCUCGCGCGCUGUGUGCGUGUUCGAAACGUAGUAGUAAUUUAAUUGACACCACCAACUCAUGGUGUUCGUAAUUGUGAGUAAAAUGGUCGGAGCGGAUAGUGUGCUGGUUACGAUAUUGAGCGAAGCCUAUCGAUAGGGCAUGUCGGCGUUACGCCAGGGUUUCCUUGAUCAGGGUCCAUCAUGAAGAAAUACAACACUAAGAAUUUCUCAGUUUAUUGAAGCACAACUGCUAGUAUAGAUAUGAACCGUCUUUACAUAAAACAACCGCUUUUAUAGCUUCCGCACAAUAGAUGAAACAGAGUAGAUACAACUUCUUUUAAAACUCAAAUACAAUUAGGCAUUGUAAAAUAAUUCCUAAAUACAGCUCAAUAAAUGUAUUAGUGAAUUUAUAUAACUUAAAAUUAUUUAUAUAAUAGUUUGUUCAUUUAAUUUGAACAAACAUUACGAAGUAAGAAGAUGGCCCUGCAAGCAAGUUUCGAAAUACAAUUAAGAAAGACUUAAUGCAUAAAAUAAUAAAGUUUGAUACAGAAUAACGAUAUUAAUUCUAAUACAAAUUAAUUUGAACAUUUUCACAUUCAAUUAAGUAUUUUAACAAUAAAUAAAAAAUGAAACAUCUUCAAACAAUUCAAAGAGUCAAAACAGUGUCUAUUAAAUUAGUUAGACCUUAAUAAAUAACAGUUUUAUGUUUACAAAUAGCUAUUUGUAUUUAAAUCUUAUAUAUUUCAGAUAUAUCAAUAAUAAUAUAUUAAUUUUAACGAUAAACUAAAACAUAAAUAUCAAUAGUUGCAAACAAUUGACGGUAGGUGGCGAUUUGCGCCCAUAGGCACGUAGGUAGCUGGCUGUUCGCUGUAACAUGCUGGCUUAGCUAGACAUAAGAUGUUAAGUCUCAUUUGCUCUGUAAUUUCACUAGCUACGGCGCCCUUCAGACCGAAACACAGUUAUAAUGCUUACAUAUAUACAUACAUCGUCGUGUUACCCAUACUCCAGCCGGCAUACGGUGCAAGGGAGCCCCCACUGGUGUAAACAAGUAAAGUGAUGUGAUGUUCGGUAGGUGACACAAUGUAAGGUAACUAUAAGUAAUGUGUAUAACAUUAAUAUGUGUUCGUGUUAUAGUACCUAUGUGGUAAGCGAUUCUAAUGCUUUAUGAUUAGAGCUUGACGAGCCCCACUCUUAAGUAUUGUUAAGUAGGUACAGUGAUAAGUACAUAACAGCUGUGUAUUCGUUUACUUAUUUUUAAGUAAUAAGUUCCGGGCUUAUUAUAAUAACUUAUCUUAAAAUGCACAAAGUCAGAAAAAUAUAUUUUAAUAUUUCUUGGCCCAGCUAUUAUCAAAAAGAAUUGGAAGUGUAGAGAUAAUUUGUAUAUUGUAUUUUAAUUAGUCUGGAUGUAGCCGCCAGCCGGCAUACGCGAAUGUUCAUAAGUCAGGGUUGCUAGAUUUAAAACUACUAAAUUAGCAGAAAAUAGCCAAUAUUUAUUUAUUUUUAAGCCGCGGACGAGUAAAAAAAGGAGGACUCCGUGCCGUGUGAUAUUAACAAAUGAAGCACCUUUAUGCUAGUGUGUGUGCGGUUACGGGGAUACCAGUUACACAAUUUUUUCUCCCUUAAAUAAUCAUAUAUUCACAAAUACUUUUAUAGUAUUGUUUUUACACUUUUUCACAACGCACGACGGCGUUUUAAAAUAUUUUAUUGCGACGCAAACUGAUCUGUCACAGACGAUGACAAAUCUCAUAAUGGCGGCCGAUCGGCUUGUAUUAGUUUAAGUGUGUGCGUGGGGCUAUGUAUUUACAUGUUUACUGGCUUGUUUUGAUGCUUCACUGUUAUGUAAGGUGACACGGAGUCCUUCUUUUUUACUCGUCCGUGUUUUAAGUAUGUUGUUGUAAAGUUGUUUUGCCCUUGUUGAUAUUUAUAGAAUUCACGAGGUAUGAAAGGCUGAGGUCUGUUCUCUUCUGUUUUUAAAGUGGUGUCUCAUCUGAAAUUGAGUAAUAAAUAAUUGUACCAAAUUGUUAUUAAUUUUGUUUGCCUUUCUGUACUAUUUGCUACUUCAUCUAGUUCGUAUUGAAGCAUAACAUUAUGCCGAUUUCUGAAUCCUUAGCAUUUUCAUACUAUUUGACUGCAGAUAUUAAAAAUAAUUCGACCAAUUGUUUGAAGUUCUAUCUAUAUAAGGUUAAGAUUUCCUCAUCCAAGAUAUUGAAGUAUAAAAUUUUAUAAUAUUUGUUUAUCAGUGUUACCCUCGUCGACUUGUUUCUGAACAAACUAUAAAUUAAUUUCUAUUAUUAUUAACGCUAGAGACGCUUUGUGGCUUUCAUACAAACAAUAGGUUCAAUCAUAUAGUUAUUUCUACACACCAUGGUACAGCAUAUUCGCAGUAUCGCAUAUUCUGCUGACGAUAUACACUAAUGAGGUAUUUUUGACUUAAUUUUGAGCGGAUUUGAACUCUGGAGAAUUGAACCAGUAGGUCUAUUAUUCAAUGAACUUGAAUCUUGGUUCAACAUUGAAAGGCGACGUUGCCACUCAGUGCGAACUUUCACGAGGCUGAAAUUUACCACAUUGCUUGCUGCCAUGCCUCAAUAGGCAAACCUUAUUGCAGCUCUUUCAGAGUUGUACGAGAAGUUGUCACUAUUUUGCUAAACGCGUCAAUAUAAAAAAUAUUGCAAUUGAAUUCUUGAAUUGAAUUUUUACUACAGUGCACACGUUAUAAUAUGGUCUUAUGACUUCUUUCAAAAGAUUUUUUUUUUUCUAAAAAAAAAUCAUGUUCCCGUUGUAUGCUAAACAAAAAUGGCCGCCGCCAGCUAAAGCCAUAUUAAUAUUAAUAUAUUUUGUCUUCAAAAGCGUUGCGCUUUGCUUUGGCAUUUCGAACCAAGAGCAAUUAAUAGAUAAUACACCCGGUAAAAAAUUCUCUCUGGUGAAUUUUUUGACGGCUCUCUUGCCGUGUCCACGAGGACACUGUAGCAUAUGACCAUAGAAACGCUUGUGCACUGGAGCGUAUGGGAGGCAAAGUUACGAUAAAACUUGGCAAGUCACGCGCCUGGUUCAUUCCGUGCGGACUGAGAUGAGUCAGCAUGUUUUGUUAUCAUGUGAUAUUGUAACUGAACGUGAAUUGAUAUAAUUUCUUAUCAGGACAAAUCAACGCUGCGGUAGAUUAUAUUAAUAGCUAUACGUCAAUAAUUGAUAAAAUGUUGUCCUAUAUCUUGAUAUGACUUAAGACGUUUUUAUACUCAAUGGUUAUCUAACCAAAUUAUUGCAAUUGCGCGCGUUCUAAGCCAUACUAAUACCAAACAGUCGCUGCCUGUUGUGAUAUUAAACAUCGGCUUUCGUUCGUUUGUUAUAUUAUACAUAUUAACAUCCGGCCGGGUCGAACAUUCCUUGCAACCACGAGCAGUGAAGCUGUCAUUAAGGCUUUGUAGAUUUUUUGAAAUCUGAACAUUGCGUUGAAUAGAAUUGCCUGCACUACAAAAAAACAGAUUGCCACGAUGACAACUUUGUUCAUGCAAUUUAGAAUCAGGCUUACCCAAAACAAUGUCAAAAACCUACACACACAUACUCACGCCUUGUUCCCGUCGGGAUAGGCAGAGAUAAUAGAAUGCCUCUUGCUUCUAUCCUUACAAACCUCACGCGCUUCCUCUACAUUCAUUACUCUUUUCAUACAUACUCGCCGGUUGCGGGUGCUUCGGACCUUUCUUUUCUCAAAACGACUCAAUUUGGUCAACGAAUGUUCUACGAGGUCUCCCGCGACCGACUUGCCCACACACACUUGCCUAUAUUUGAUGCGUCAUUCCUUCUUCACUCAUUCGCUCCACGUGUCCAAACCGAUUUUUAUAAUGUCGUCAAAUGACACUUCUACCAUCUCGGAAAUGUUGAGUUUUUAUGAGAAUAAAUACUGAAGACUCGUUGCUACAGUUUUUAAUUAUCAAAUAAUAUAAUAUACGAUAUGAAAUUAUUACUGAACACAUAAUACCUAACAAAACAAAAUAUUAAAAAAUUAUCCCAUGAAAAUAGCAAAUCAUCGACAAAUUUUAAUAUGAUUCACAAUUUUAUUGAUAAAUCAUUCAGCAAACUUGACCUCGAUCCCUCCCUACAUUGAUCCACUUUCAAUAAUAAAACGGCACGUAGUAUUUUUAUAUUGUAAAUGAGUAUUAACAAUAUACUUAUUCAUAAUUUCAGAGACAUUUGAAAACUUUAAUUACUAAUAAUUCUGUUACUGUCCAGGAUAAAAAUGUGACUUUAUAAUUAUCAUAUUUAUUCUAUUACAUUGAUAUCUUACCUACAUUUUAUGAUCAUUAGAAUAGUUAAAAACUAAAAAACACGCUUAAAUUAAAUUAUCUUUUGUAUUAAUGGUUUAAAUUGAAAAUUGACAUCAAUUCCUGCCUUAUCUGGACAAAUGGAAUAAUUUUUACAAAUUAAUGUAUAGUCAUCGGUCCUCGAUAAAUCUACGAAGUUUGAACGUAAUAUGGCCGUUUAAAGUGGGUCAUAAUCGCGCCCAAAUGAGGCGAUUACAAACAAACAUACAAACAGGUAAAGCUAAUAAAAAGCUUGUAACAACUAGUGGUCUUGAGUCAAAUGUUUUAUCAAAUUGUGAAUUUGUCUUAAACUUAGAAUAAAUAAAACAAGUAAUGAUCAUAAUUAAGGGGUUUUUAUUAAAACCCCUUUAUUAUUAGUUAUUUAUUAAUAGGAUGCUAGAUUUUCAGGGUCUUAUGUAAAAUAUUUCUUCAAAUUUCUUUAAAAAGUUUGCUGCCGGAAAGACGUCGUAAAAUGUAUGAAAACCUGCAAAGCGCCUCUAGCGGUUAAUAAAGGAAACUAUUUUUGUAUACGAAUAUAAACACUAUGAAUCCAAAACUGUUGAUACGACGUUACCUUAACCCGUUAUUUGUAACGACAAAAUAAAUAAAUUCAGUAUAUUCUAAACCCAAAUAAACUAAACUAAAGUAGUCGGUUGAAGUUUAUUUUUAAAUAUGUCCCUAUUUGUACUGCACGUUAUAGCUAUCAAAUGUUUAGUGAUGUAAUAGCCAAUUUUAGGUUAGUAUUCAUAAAUUGCCGCAUGAAGAGACGAGGCUAAUUCGUCUUUUCGCCUCCAUUUUAUCGAGUGAUGCACCCGGAACCCUUAUUUGGGCUCAGCGUGCACGCUCUACGACAACUCCAUGUAAGUAUUCCGUCUGUCAAAAAAGUCCUAAGAUGUAUAAAUAAAAUGCAAAUACUUCUAUUGAUCAACGGACGUUUAAACCAUUCAAAAGUCAGAAUCUGUUUUUUAUUUUAUUUUAUUUUAUUAGGAAAAGCAACCAACUACAACUUACUGAGUAGGUACAUAAAGAAAUAACAUAUAUACUAUAUAACAUAUAGACUAAUAAAAUUGUAGUCAGAUACGCUAUCCACAUCUGACUAUGUAAAACUUUGAGGCAUUCAAUGCUAGUAAUACAUAGAAAAAGUGUUUACAUAAUACUAAUUGAAAUUCAAGGGAAAUAAAUAAAUUUAUCUCUCACAUUCUGGCAAAAAUUCCUCACGCCUAAUAAAAUAAAUCUAUAAAUCUAGUGGGGAGCUUUCCUUUCUUUCUCAGUGUUGAUAACGGUUCCAAAAUGUUUGAUAUUGACACCUAAUUCCGUAAAUCUCAUUAUUCUUUGUGUUAAAAAGUACAUCUUGCUGUUCAUUGCAAGAACGGUAUAAAAGAGAUAUAGACCAAUAUAAAUGCAUAAAAGAGAUUUACUUUCUCAAAAUUGAUUCCUUUAGAAUUCUUUUUGAUGUCAUUUCUAAUAUGCUAGAUACUACUGCUGCUUCGGAAACAAAUGGCGCUCUGAGAUAGAAGCCGCGCAAGAAACUCUCCUAGUAUACUAUAACUGCGGAAGUUCUUUUGCGAUCUCACGCGUUUGGCGAUGCCUUUUAUAAGUGGUUCACACUUUUUUUUUAUCAUUUGAUCUGAAACUCAACUUGAUAUGGGAGAUAACUUUAAACAAUCUGUACUUAUUGAAUUUAAAUGUAUGAAGUAUAUAUAGUGUGAAAAUGUUCAUCGCUUUUAUUUAGUCAUAGGAAAACAGACCGUGAAUUGUAAUAGAUAUUAAUUUGUUACACACAGAUGGCGUAAAAUAGUUUAUUAGUGCAAUGUAAAAAUAAUUAUUGUCGUAAAACAAGCUGUACGAUAUCUCGAUAAAGUUAACGAAGGCUAAAUCAACAGAAACCCUUCGUUGCGUGGUUUCAAUUAUUGUUGUUAACUCAUUUGUUCCAAAUAAUGUUAUUAUGAUGUUUUUGAGACGAUCGAAAUCGCUUAGAAUCAUUUAUACGUCUAGAUAGACUAUGACAGCCGUGAAAACGACGAAAAAAAUAGAAUUUAGAACUACCCUACUACUAUUUUGAGCAAUUCACGCACACUAACACAAAGUGUCAUACAAAUCGCGAAUGUAAGACGUAGCUGUCAUGCACACAAAAGUAACUAAUCUAGCCUGUUUCUAUGCAUUGUGUGCCAGAGACUGCCUAUACGUAUAAAUUAUAUAAGCGAAAUCGUUAAGGUUGCUUUCGACAACUUUAUUGAGACUGUCAUGUGGCACGCCCUCUAUAUCUUACUCUAUGUACUACAACUUUCUAAAAUCUAAACUGUUAAACGGGUAUAAUAUUAUAUGAUAUGUUUGAAAAUUAAAAAAAUUCCAUUCAUUUCAAAAAACUUCGUCAUAAUGUUUCAUUGAAGUAAUGUAUGUAAAGUAAGACACCUAUCUUGCAGUAUCCGAGUUUAUUACUGAGUUAUGUGUAGGUAUACUGUAAGUAAAGUUAAUUUAUUUCAUUUGAUUUAAUUGAUUAUUUCAUGUCACAUUGUUUCGGCGUCACCCUAAUUGUAAUAAAUUAUUUUUAAUAACAAAAAUUUGUCUCAAAGUACCAAAAAACUUAAUAAAAUAUUUCGUACACA